AUGACGACACCGAAACGCGUGGGGGAAGGCAUCAGAGUGGCCAUCAUCGGCGGAGGUCCAGCCGGGCUCAGUGCCGCGAUCGAGCUCGGCCGGCUCGACUUUGUAGACUGGCGCUUGUACGAGCAGAAGCCGACGAUUAGUGAGAUCGGGACGGGCCUCAGCCUGCAGCAGAAUACCUGGCAUCUUCUCGAGAAGCUCGGGGCCUCCAAGCACCUAAAAGCCGACGACUUCUUCAGGCCUGGGGACGGGAAUGGCCAUCAGUGCAGGGACGGAAUAAGCGGCGUCAUCGUCAAGCAAUUGCGCCUGCCGUCCAAAGUCCCCCCUCACCGAGCUCCCUGCAGAGUUCACAGAGGGAGACUGCAGAGGGCGCUCCUCAAGGAAGCAGACGCCAGCCGCAUACGGACGGGCAAGAAGUUGAAGACGAUAGACCACACUGCCGAGGGCAAGGUCCAGCUGACCUUUCAGGACGGCUUUAGCGACACUGUUGACCUCCUCAUCGGUGCUGAUGGGAUCCGAUCGGUUGUCCAGCAGUUCGCAUUUCCCGGCUACAGCGCCAAGUACACCGGCUCGACGGGUUACAGGACGACGGUACGGGUGUCGGAGGCCGAGAGGAUCAACGGCAUGACCAAGUCCACCGUGUUCUGGUUCGGCGACAACGGCGGCUGGCUGUACACGACGCCGCUGGACGGGACGGACUGGGAGGUCACGGCGCGCGUGCGGGAGCCCGACGACGGCGACCGGUCCAGCUGGGGCCGCGAGGUCCCCGUGGACGACAUGAAGGUCAAGUUUACCAGCUACUGCGAGCCCGUCAGGCAGCUCCUCGACCUGGUCACCCGCGUCAAGAGGUACGACCACUUUGGCGGCCGGCGGCUGCCCUCGGUCGUGCAGCAAGGAUCCGUCGCCCUCAUCGGGGACGCGUCCCAUCCGCUGUCCGGGGCGUUUGGCGCCGGUGCCGCCUUUGCCCUCGAGGACUCUCAUGUGCUCGCCGGGGCGCUGAAGUGGGCUGCCUCCUCUUCCGACUCCCCGGCUGGCCAUCGUAGUCUGGCGGAUGCCCUCAGGCUGUACGACGAUGUACGGUCGCCUCACUAUGUGAACCUGUACAAGACGCUCGACAACAUGGGAGAGACCGUCACAAAGGUCCUCCAGAGCGCCACGUCUCACGAGGAGCAGAUUGUCGGGCGAGUCAAUGCCUUUUCUGACGAUGCAAAUGACUGGAUGUACUACUACGAUGUGAGUCUGUCUGUCCCUGCUCGCUGGCUUUCCUCCCUCGGCCCCCCUUCCGGUUCUUUUUUAUCUCUCUCUCUCUCUCUCUCCAAACGGGGCUUGUAA